AUGCGGUUAACAAAGCCCUUGUCAUUUGCGGAUUGUGUUGGGGAUGAACUGCCAUGGGGAUGGGAAGCCGCAUACGAUCCUCAGAUUGGUGUAUACUAUAUCGAUCACAUCAACCAAACAACACAAAUAGAAGAUCCCAGGAAACAAUGGAGGCAAGAACAAGAGAGAAUGUUAAAAGAUUACCUCAUGGUAGCCCAGGAUGCUCUCAGUACUCAGAAAGAACUGUACCAGGUGAAAGAACAGAGGCUAGCACUUGCACUGGAUGAGUAUGCACGGUUGAAUGAUGCCUACAAAGAAAAAUCGAGCUCUCGUACAAGCUUGUUCUCAGGCUCCUCAUCAAGCACAAAGUAUGACCCUGACAUUCUGAAGGCUGAAAUCUCCACUACAAGAUUAAGGGUGAGAGUGCUUAAUUCAUACUCAUUUGUAUUCUGUGUGCAAAGUUUAUGACUAUAGAAUAAGCAAAGCUUGAACUAGCAGAUGCAUCUUGUACCCUGGUACUGAAACCUUCUAAUAUUCUUAUUUAAAUACCAUUCAGAGGUUUUUAAUGAAUUUUUAAAGCUGUCUCUGUUGCUUUCAGAUAACAUAUUUUGGGGAAACCUUGACAAAUACUCUAAAUAAAUGUGGGUUUAAAUAAAUCCAAUAACUGUUUUCACUUGUGUGACUUGUUUUUUAAAAGGAAGAGUAAAAAAUCUUUAGGUGAAAAUAGAAAAGUAG